AUGGGCAUUUCUACAGCACCGGACGAAUACCAAGCCUGCAUGGAGAAGAAUUUUGGCGAUCUGGCUUUUGUCGUAGUCUAUUUGGAUGAUAUACUCGUCUACUCCGAUAGUGAAGAGACGCACCUAGAGCACCUACACAUUGUGUUCAAGCGACUAACCAAGUAUGGGGUAACUCUCAACGGAAAGAAGUGCCACAUCCUCAGACAGUCCGUCGACUAUCUCGGCUUUACGCUGACAUCUCAAGGGAUCCAGCCCCAACAAAAGAAGAUUCAAGCCAUCCAACGAAUUUCCGUCCCCAAAACCAGGAAGGAACUACGCCGCUUCCUCGGAAUGAUUAAUUACUAUAGAGAUAUGGUACCCAACAAGACGGCAUUGUGCCAACCUCUCAACCGAUUCACCAGCUCCAAAGUCCCGUUCGACUGGUUGUCUAGCGACACGGAAGCAUUUCACGCUAUCCAGAAAGCGUUUGCCCAAGCCGUACUGCUCGCGUUUCCUGACUUUGAGCAACCAUUUCACGUCUACGCCGAUGCCAGCGGAAAGCAAAUCGGUGGCAUCAUUAUGCAGAAGAACCAGAUUCUCGCCUGCUAUUCCCGAAGUCUCAACAAGCAUCAAGUGAAUUACACAACGAUGGAGCCUGAGCUCCUCUCUAUCGUUGAAAUGCUGCGCGAAUACCGCACCAUGCUGCUCGGGUUCCCUGUGGUUGUUCACACCGACCAUAAGAACCUAAUUUAUCCGACCGAAACCAGCCUGCGCGUUAAGCGCUGGAAGCUCCUGUUGGCUGAGUACAGGCUAUCGAUGCAUUACAUCAAGGGAACCAAGAAUGUUGGUGCUGAUGCGUUUUCCCGGAUGAGAUUCGAUGCGAUGAACACGAAGACUCAUUUGCAGCUCGCGGACGAGAUAUGCGCUACCGCUGAUGAACCAGAUUGUGUCAUGCAUGGUCCGGUUCUUCGCGAACAUCAAGAUAAGGACUUGAUGAUUCAAAAAAUCAAGACAGCUUGCCUCAACGGCAACAACAAUCCUGACUAUCAGCUUCUACCUCUACUCGGCUGCACGCUGGUCGCGUACCAAAAGCGCGUCAUCGUGCCCGAUAGCUUGCGAGAAGAUCUCAUUCGUUGGUAUCAUUUAACGCUCAGUCACCCUGGCGAUGAACGACAGUACAAGACAAUGAGGCAGGUUCUCUACUGGCCCGGAAUGGAAGCCGCGAUCAUCAAGAAUGCGAAAGAUUGUCUAAUUUGCAAGAAGGCAAAGGUCCACGGAGGCAAGCAGGACUAUGGAUUACUACCACCACGAACACUCAAGACGGUGAACCCCUUUGACACCGUUCAUGUCGAUCUCAUUGGUCCCUACGAAGACGGACACUACGGUAUUACCAUGAUUGACCAUGCGACGCGUUGGCUGGAAGUGGGUAUUCAGCACGACAAAACUUCGCUGACCACAGCCGAAAGCUUCGAUCGUGAAUGGCUGUGCCGCUACCCGCGUCCUGUAACGGUUAUACACGACCUAGGAACGGAAUUCACUGGUGAUGAGUUUCAAGAAUUGCUCCGCAGCUACGGGAUACAAUCCAAGCCUAUAACAAGCAAGAACCCUCAAGCUAACGCUAUUUGUGAACGCGUUCACCUCGAGAUUUUAAAUGUCAUCAGGUGCCACGAUGGCACUGACUGGAAGAAAACCAUUCACUACGCUGCAUUCGCCGUGCGAGCAAGCUACCACAGCAUUCUUAAUGCUUCCCCAGGUCAACUACUCUUCGGUCAAGAUAUGAUCACUCGUCAGCUUUAUAACGCCAACUGGAGCUAUCUAUCGAAGCGUCGUUUCGAUGCAAUUCUCGCCGACAAUGACCGCGAGAAUAGCAAACGCCUCGAGCAUUUCUACAAUACGGGAGACCACGUGAUGUUACGCGUCCCCAAGAAGUUCCGUGCAAAAUUGCACGCAGUGGCAACCGGACCUUUUGUUAUCCGCCAAGUUCACAGCAACGGCACUGUGACCAUCGACAAGGGAGCAAUGGCAGAACGUGUGAGCAUCCGCCGCAUUUUUCCGUGCUAA